UGCGAAAGACGGAGAAAGGAGUGGAAAUAAGUUCAAAGGUGAUAAGUAAAGUUGGAGUAGAAGAGAAGAAAGAAGUUGGUGCUAAAUUUAGGCUUGGACGAUUUGGUGCUGAGUUUUUUGCACCUGUAGGAAGUGCGCCAAGUGAUACUUCAAGUGAUGAUGAUUCUGAUGGCGAAGAUGUGGAUUCAGAGCAUUCAGAAGAUGAGCAGUGA